ACCAUGGUGGUGCCGCCAGCCAGCUCAGAAGCCCAGAUGGUCCAGUCUCUGGGCUUCGCUAUCUACCGUGCACUGGACUGGGGGUUAGAUGAGAGUGAGGAGCGAGAGCUCAGCCCGCAGCUGGAGAAGCUCAUCGACCUCAUGGCUAACAGCGACUGUGAGGACAGCAGCUGCGGGGCAGCAGACGAAGGCUAUGGGGGUCCAGAAGAGGAAGAGGAGAAUGAGGGCGGGCCACGAGCCGUGCGCACCUUUGCCCAGGCCAUGCGACUGUGUGCUUUGCGCCUGACCGACCCCCAUGGCGCACAGGCCCACUACCAGGCAGUGUGCCGAGCUCUUUUUGUGGAGACACUGGAGCUUCGUGCCUUCCUGGCCCGGGUGAGGGAGGCCAAGGAGAUGCUGCAGAAGCUGGGGGAGGAUGAGCCACAGGUAGAGAAGCCACUGGCCGAGCUUGACCACCUGGGACACACAGACUGGGCCCGGCUGUGGGUACAGCUCAUGCGGGAGCUGCGUCACGGGGUGAAGCUGAAGAAAGUGCAGGAGCAAGAGUUUAACCCGCUGCCCACCGAGUUCCAGCUCACCCCCUUCGAGAUGCUGAUGCAGGAUAUCCGUGCCAGGAACUAUAAGCUGCGCAAGGUCAUGGUUGAUGGGGACAUUCCUCCCAGAGUGAAGAAAGAUGCUCACGAACUCAUCCUGGACUUCAUCCGCUCACGGCCUCCUCUAAAGCAGGUCUCAGAGAGACGACUUCGCCCUGUACCACAAAAGCAGAGAACGCUGCAUGAGAAGAUCCUGGAGGAAAUCAAGCAGGAACGGAGGCUUCGUCCAGUAGGGGUCCAGCACUUGGGAGCCCGUGGGUUUGGUUCUCUGCCCUGCAUCCUCAAUGCCUGCUCUGGUGACAUCAAGUCCACUUCCUGCAUCAACCUGUCUGUCACAGAUGCUGGGAGUGGAAGCCAGCGUCCACGGCCCCGGGUCCUGCUUAAAGCCCCCACUUUAGCAGAGAUGGAAGAAAUGAACACGUCUGAGGAAGAAGAGUCCCCCUGUGGGGAGGUGACACUGAAGAGGGAUCGCUCUUUUUCGGAACAUGACCUAGCUCAGCUUCGGAGCGACAUGGUCUCAUCUGGCUUGCAAUCAGUCACUCAGCCCCCAGGAGGCAUGGAGCCACCCCGGGCCAGAGCAGGCAGCAUGCACUCCUGGAGGCCCAGCACCCAAGACCAGGUUUUCUGUCCUGUGAGUGACCAGUCCCAGCCUUACCCCAGCUCCGCCUUGCCCAGCAGUUUGAGCUCAGUGGAUAAACCGGAGGCUUCUGCACCAGAUACCAGACACCUGUGGCUGGAGUUCAGCCACCCCGUGGAGAGCUUGGCUCUGACUGUGGAGGAGGUGAUGGAUGUGCGCCGAGUGCUGGUGAAGGCUGAGAUGGAGAAGUUUCUGCAGGACAAGGAGCUCUUCAGCAGCCUCAAGAGGGGGAAGAUUUGUUGCUGCUGCCGAACCAAGUUUCCCUUGUUUUCUUGGCCACCUACCUGUCUAUUCUGUAAGAGAGCUGUGUGCACUUCCUGCAGUGUAAAGAUGAAGAUGCCUUCCAAGAAGUGUGCACACAUCCCUGUCUAUACACUUGGUUUUGAGAGUCUUCAGAGGGUGCCAACUACCAAAGCCACGCCAAUGCUAAGGAGAGAUGCCUUCCAAUCCCUGCAGGGACCAAAGUGGCGGAGUGUGGAGGAAGAGUUCCCUCACAUCUAUGCCCAUGGCUGUGUCCUAAAGGAUGUCUGCAGUGACUGCACCAGCUUCGUAGCUGAUGUAGUAUGCUCCAGCCGCAAGAGUGUGGAUGUCCUCAAUGCCACUCCACAACGCAGCCGCCAGACCCAGUCCCUCUAUAUCCCCAACACCAGGACUCUGAACUUCCAGUGACUG